AUGAGUCAAAACAUUGUUUAUUGCUUAGUUGUUCAUGGUGUUGCGAUAUCAAUGGAUGAAAACGUGAUCAAAACUGAUUUAAUGAACACAUAUACCGGUGUUGACAAUGUGCGACGAUUGUUUUUCGAGGAGAAUCAUCAGUCGCCAAAGCGGUCGAUUGAAGUCGAUUUUACCUCGGCUGUUGAUGCUCGAAAGAUUCUUCGAGACGGUAAUAUUGUUAUCAAUGGUAUUUGUCGUCGAGUUUAUCCAAAGAGAAAACCGAUCUAUGGACGAUCGUUUUAUCGAACACCACCGUCGAAAAAUCGAGAAGAGAGAAUAACAAAACCAAUAAGUGAACAAGAUAUUUUAAAUAUAUUCGAACAACAGAAACAACAUUUAUUGAAUCAGAAUCUUCACAAAAUUGUAGAAGAACAAAUUGAUUCAAAGAAUAUUUCCAUGUACAAAAACGAUUAUCAAAACGGAUCAAUUGAUGUUCUGCGUUCAAAACAUCGAAAUACAUCUUUGGAAGAUGAUUUUAAAGUUCAUUUGAUGAAUUCUGAAGUGUUUUAUCAAAAUACAAUCGAUGAUGAUUAUGAAGUCGAAGAAGACGAAGAAGGUUUUACGGAUCUUCGAGUAUGCGAAGAACCAGUUGAUUCUGAUUCAGAAUUAUCUCGAUCAAGUUCACCAGUUGUGAUUGAAGACGAUCAACCGAAAAAGAUUUCUUGUUCAUCAUUUUCAGAACAGAGUCAGUCAGAAACGAGUUCAGCCGAUUCAUUCAAAUCAUCGUAUGUCAAAUCUUAUGAUGAAUUAUUGAAUUUGAUCUAUCAAGAUCCGUAUAAAUUCAUAUGCAAACCUGUUUCCAAAGACAUGACGAAAUAUUUACAUUGCCGAUUGUCACGCGAGAAAUCACUGCUGUCCGAAAUCUAUUAUCUUCAAGUAGAAUUUGGCAAUGAUGACGAACCAAUCACUUUGCUAACAGCAGAAAAGGGUCGAAAAUCACUUGGCCAAUCUCAGUAUACCAUCUCGUUAGAUUCAAGUUUCGCUUGUGAUCUCUGCCCUGCCGAAUUAGUAGCAAACAAUGUGACUGGAACAGAGUAUAUACUCUAUACAUACAGCGAAGAUCAACGUCAAGAACAAGCAGUUAUUCUUUAUGAAAGUAAUUUUCUUGGUUUAAAGGGACCAAGAAAGGCAAAUGUAAUUCUUCCGAAGUUCGAUAAUCAAAUGCAACCAUUAUUUAAUAAGAAUGAAAUUGACGAAUUUUGUGCUGAAGAUUUAGAUGAUGACUUUCUUCAUUUAUAUAACACAGCACCAAGUUGGAAUCCAUUAUCUGGUGCCUAUACAAUUCAUUUCGAAGGAAUAGAUCGUAUAACAAUUCCAUCGGUAAAAAACUUUCAAAUGUUCGCUUUAGAUAAGAAUAAUCAAGAACAAACUGUAAUGGAAUUCGGUCGAAUGACAGACACAAUCUUUUCGUGCGAUUUCCGAUAUCCACUUUCAUUCAUACAAGCGUUCAGUAUUGCUCUAACGGCAUUUGAAACGCGACUUUUUCGAGAAUGA